GUUUCGACGAUGAGUCUCUUGUUGAUGAAAUGACAACACUUGGUCAAUUGAUGCGCGACAAGCUCCUGCCUUUAGUCUCUUUACUAACUCUGCAGGUGAAGGUGCCAGCGCUUCCCCCUCCAUUGAGUACAGACGGACGUAGGUCUUUGCGGGUAGUAGUCUACGCAGAUGCUGCUAGUGGCCCGGUGCGGAAAGACAUGUUGCAGAAUCUGCGACACGCCACACAUGCAAAAGAGCGUGCAUAAUCCUUUCUUUUAUCCGUACCAACAUUCCUUUCCAUCGGCGAGACACAAACGACAAUUGGAUGAUGGUGAGGGCACACCCUCGUCCUGGAUGUCUUCAGCCGAGGUCUCUAUCCCGAUUAGUUAAGUCAGUUUUUUGCCUGGGAGACACAAUCUAUUACAAACUCGGCAGAAAAACAAAACUGUUGCAAAGCUAGACGCCGCUCCGGCUUCUGCGCAGCUGAUGCAUCGUUGGCACUUCCA